AUGGCCAUCGAAACAACCGUCGUUGACCUCGUCGAUGCCUGGGCAACGCGCACACCAGAGGCCACUGCAGUGGAGUGGAACGGGCAAAGACUGAGCUAUGCCGGCAUACGAGAUGCAUCCCUGCACGUCAGUCAAGCCCUGCUUUCAGUCGGCGCUGGACCCGGCGACAAGAUCCCAAUCCUCUCACAGAUGUCCCGGGAGCUUCUGCCUGCUAUUUUGGGCAUCCUCAGAGCGCUUCAUCAGAUGCAUCGCGACGCCGUCCCGCGGUAUCCGGCGUCCGUCGAGAAGCUGGGCCAUUCCGACCGGUGCGAGGUGCAGGGGAUCUACGUCACGAACCGGGUCAUGACUCUGCAGGGACAUCCGGAGUACGAUGCCACGAUUGCCUGCGAGUUGCUGGAGCGGGAGCGCGGAUCUGUGCUAGAUGAAGCCACAUACCGAGAUGGGAUGGAUCGAGUUCAUCAUCCGCAUGAUGGGGUGAUUGUUGGGGCUGCCCUUUUUGAGGUUUCUGAUAAGAGAAUGAAGGAUGAAGCAGGAGUGUGGGUGUUGACGUUUGUGUGGCGAUGA